AAUCAAAACAGUAGUGGCUGUUUCGGUAUUUUUCGUCAUUUUAAAAAGUGUUUAAACACGAUUACUGUGCUGUUGCUCGACCAACUUUCGCAAGUUGAUCCUGGCCACGCCCAUGUCAUUUCUUCCUGCAACGCAGCGUGCAAGCUACACCAUGGACAAAAACUAUGUUGAUCUCCUUCAGUCAAAGAAUGAGACCUCAACACUCCUCGGUGGAGAGCAGCUCAGUGCCGUCCUUGCCAAUAAUAAAUAUAUAUGCCCACUGACCCUAAAAGGUUCAGAGACAAGCGACAGUGUGGACCUUGAUCAAGCCAUCCACUCCGGUUUAAAUGGAGAUAACAAGAUGCUUAUUAUCGUUGGGUCCGAAGGUAGUGGCAAAACUCUGGCAUUGAAUAAGGUGAUUGUUGACUGGGCCAAAGGCGACCGCCUGCAAAACUUCUCGCAUGUCUUCCGCAUCAGUCUGAAGGACAUCUGUUUAGCAGAAGAAGAGCUAUCCUUGGAAAUGUUACUGGCACGAUAUCAAGUCCCAGUUGAGUCAGCUCUGUGUGUGCUGCAGAAGCCUGAAGAACUGUUGUUCAUCAUGGAUGACUUGGAUCAGUUGAGACACAGCCAGGGGACAAUGGAUGACGUCCUCAGCUCUGAUCCAAAGCAGAAAACCUCAGUGUCAACCUUAAUAGCCAGCCUGCUAAAAGGGUCAUUGCUCAAGGGGGCAUCUUUUCUGGUGGCGACCCGACCGUCAAGUUGUGUGAACCUUUUGAGCGGAACUCCGGUGAAUGUCCUGGGUUUCACGAAGCAUCAAAAAGAAGAGUACUUUCAGAACUUCUAUCAAGAUCCGUCCAAAGCUGCCAAAGCGUUUCAUCACAUGGAAAGAACUGUGGGCUUUUAUGACCUCAGCGCCUCUCCAAGGUUUCUCUGGUCGGUGUGUUCAGUCUACCAAUCGCUGAUGGAUGCUUCAGAGCCGCUCCCGGAAACAUUAAGUCAGCUGUGUGCCUGUAUCCUGGUCUACCUCAUGAAAACACAACCACAGAACCAAAUCCAGAACAGAGAGUUCAUCUUGGCUAUUGGGAGAAUAGCUUUUUGUUGUUUAAGUAAUCAGCAUUUAAGCUGCGCCAAAGACCAGCUGGACGCUGUUGGUCUGCAGCUGAUUCCUGAUUCCUCACUGGAGGAUUACCUGCACGUCCACGGAGAACUCUUGUCAUUCCACUCUCAAUUCAUUUUGGAGUUCGUCUUGGCUCUGUCCAUGUUUUUGGAUGAGCAUGAAGGUGUAGAGAAAAUGUUGGAAAGGCUUGAGAGCAACCUUACAUUUCUUGAUCUGUUCUUGUCUGGAAUGUCGGAGGUGAGCCAGAGAAGCCCACUGGAAACCCUGCUGGGUGAGUUUAACAAGGACCAGAUCCAAGCUUUUAAGGGCUGGUUCAAAACCAGCUCAGAGGAGAGACUGAAGGGAUGCAACUCAAGCUAUCAUGCUCGUUGCUUUCAGCUACUGCAUCAGACUCAGAAUGCAAGCUUGGUGAAGGAGAUUAUUUCUCCUUCCGUGCGGAUGGGAAUCGGCUGCGGCAAGCUCAGCCUCCAAGACUACGUCGGGCUGAAUUAUGUCGUGUCAUGCCUGGGUCAAACGGACCAGUUAAAUUUGUACACAAUGAGAGACAUGUCCGGGGAGAGUAUGAAGCUCCUGGUUCCAGCAAUGAGUUUAUCGCACAAGAUCAUUUUGUCCAGCAGCUCCAUGGCAACUGAAGCGAUCGGUCUUCUGGCUUCUGCCCUCAAAUGUGGAAUCACCACACACCUGGAUCUUUCAUACUCACCACUUGAUGGUGACAAGUUCAAAAUACUCUGUACUGGACUGCGUGACAGCAAAAUUCAAACACUGGAAAUCCCAGUGUGCUCACUGGACGAGGCAAGCUGUGACUUCCUGGUGCCAGUCCUGACUUCAGCCUCUUCUCAGCUGUGUGUUUUGGACAUAAGGGCUAAUUUGAUUGGGAACCCUGGGUUCGCCAAACUGUGUCUAGGUCUUCAAAGCCCCAACUGUAGACUGCAGGAACUCCAGUUACAGCACUGUGAGGUGACUUCUGUGUCAAUGGAGACGUUGGCCGCAGUUUUGACGUCAGGCCACUCUGAGCUGAGAAGUAUAAACUUGACAAAUAACUGUGUCGGUGACAAAGGAGUGGAGACUUUGUGCAGCUCAUUGCAACACCCUCUGUGUAAACUACAGAGUCUCAACUUGUUUGGUGCCGAAUUGACCGGGGCAUGCUGCGGGUAUCUGAAGGUCGCACUCAUGUCACAACACUGCUCUCUGGUUGAGCUGGAUUUGUCGCUCAACGAACUCGGCCAGGAGGGGGCGCUCCUGCUCUGUCAAGCGCUCAACACACCGGGUUCCCAUCUGGAAAAGCUUAGAAUGAAUCGAUGUGAGUUGACGCAGCAAGUCUUCGAGGAGCUUGGCUUGCUGCUGAUGAGAGACACCACUCGGCUGACAUCGCUGUCUGUUGGCUUGAAUCAAGGUGAAGAUAAAGGAGUGAAAUAUAUUCUCGACGCUGUCACACAUCCAAACUGCGUGAUUGAAGAACUUGAUCUUGAAAUGAACAAAGUGACGGACGCCAGCAUUGACAACAUCUGCGCUGCCUUAAGGGGCUGUAAAUCCUUGAAGAGUCUGGAGCUGAGGAACAACUCACUGACAGACAUCGCCGUCCCUCCUCUGGUCCAAGCCAUGCAGGACAGUCCCCACGUACUCGAACUGAACCUCAAGUACAACGACUUCAGUGAAGAUGUCUUCGAGAUGAUGGAUGAGUGUGAGAGAAUCCGAUAUUAAGGACAUGUGACAGCAGUAAAAUGGGAAACACCUUGGUUUUAAUAAAACAAAUUCUUUUUCUUUACAUCAAUACAAUCUUUGUAAAACUACAUAAAAGUCAUAGUACAUAAGACACAAGCAGGGAUUUGGUUUAA